AUGUCUACAAUCGCUUCACCUCGAGCCAGCGUCUCUGCGCGCAGCCCCUCGUCUACCCGUACUUCCAUCGACAGCACCGCGAGACCUCAACCCAAUCCCCGCCGCAACCGUACGGCACUUCGCGAGUUCUAUGGGAUCAAGAAUGCGUCCAAGGAAGGAGAUAGCAAAAUAUCAGAAGAGUCGUCAAGGACUGGGCUUGGCCCUGAAGAAGACGAGACUCUUACCGAAUUGGACAAAUCAGACUUCAACGCUGAAGCAUACGUAGACAGUCUGCUAGCUAAGGAAGGCCUAAAGGGCGUACUGAAGGUCGAAGCAGAUCUGGUAUCACAAAUAAGAAAUCUCGACAGCGACCGCAAAUCCCUUGUCUAUGAUAAUUACUCGAAACUGCUCGCAGCCACCAGUACUAUACGACGUAUGCGCGGUAACAUGGAUCCCCUAGCCCCGACUACACAUACGCUUGGACCUGCUAUAUCCCAUAUCGCUGAGACUGCUUCCUUGCUAUCGUCUUCCCGAUUGAGCAUACCACCGAGACCCAGUGGAUUGGGCAUCGAUAUACGGGUCGAUGGGGAUUCCACAGAGUCGCAGGCAGCAGAGAAGAAGAGGAAAGAGCAGGCAACUGUUAGAUGGGUGCUGAACACACCAAGGCGGCUGCGUGAGAUGCUCGACCAGGGCCAAGAUGAGGAGGCAGAAAAAGACUGGGAAGAAAUCAGCCGCAUUCUGGAUAAGUGGAAAGGUGUUGUUGGGGUGAAGGAACUGAGGGAAGAGUGCGAAAGCAUCAUGAAAGAAGAGGACGACUCUGAUUGA